AGGCUUUCCAUAGGUGGAUUGGAGGGAAAGGAGGGUCCCCAACAUCUUUUUAUCUUGAGCCAGAAAGGAAUGUCUUCAGGGAUUUCUCUUGCAAAAGGAGGACUUGGCUCAAGAAGUGGAGAAAAAGUAAAUCAGAAGUGAGAAACCAAUUUGAAGGAGAAGAAUUUGGACCCAGCAUGGUGGCAAGCCGUAGAAGAAAGAAAAUCAGCCUUAUCUGAAGUCAUCAUCUUACUCCAUCCAGAGCUGGUCUUUCUAUUUUCUUUCGUUGCUUAAAGUGAAGGAGAAAAUAGAUUUCAUAGUGUCAGAGAAAACAGAGGUAGCCAAGGGAGAUUGCAUGUACUCUCAGGAAUUAGCCAUCAAAGGAAGUAACCCAAAGAAAUCACAGUGCAUGUAGGUUUUCUUUAAUAAUAAUAAUAAACUCUCCUGUGAUUUUUUCUAGAGUCAGUCUUAGAAUCAGCAAAAACUAAAAAGAAAAAAAAAGAUGGAAGAAGAGAGCUGUUAAAACCCAGGGACCAAGUUGUAGGAUUGUCCAUUCUAAUUUACCCAAGCCAAAACAAAGACGGAAAUCACUAUGCCCCAGUUUGUAAUCCUUGGCCAAUUCCCUUUUCCUGCUCAGAAAACUCUGCUUAUCAAUCCCACCUAAAGCAUUCAAGGGCAUAGAGGCCUUGGUGCCAUUUCUUGGUCUAUUUUUUAAAUCCCAAUCAAGGCAGCAUCACCCCUAAAUUCUGCUGCCUCAAAGGGAGUGUGCUACCUAGACAAGAGACAAGAAAUAGUAAAGGCUUGUUGAUGGUGCGAUUGCUCUUUGUUUGGAGGUUUGUAACUGGAAAGGAAGGAGAAAGCCAGAGUUCCUGUUAAAGGCCAAGUAAAGCUCAACCAAAAGAGGGAAACAGGCAGGUCAACAAUUGGGCAAGGAAGAAGAGUGGAAAAUGGCUUUUCUGAAGGAAUUGCUUAAAGCAAGGAAUCUGCUGCUGGUCAUCUUUAUCCCACUUCUACUACUGCCUCUACCGAUUUUGUACCCCAAUAGUGAGGCUGCAUGUGCCUACGUCCUGAUUGUUACGGCUAUAUACUGGGUAUCAGAAGCAGUCCCACUCGGAGCUGCCGCCCUCGUGCCUGCUUUCCUCUACCCUCUCUUUGGAGUGCUCCGAUCCAGUGAGGUGGCUGCAGAGUAUUUCAAAAACACCACCCUGCUGUUGAUGGGAGUCAUCUGUGUGGCAGCGGCAGUGGAGAAAUGGAACUUGCACAAGAGAAUUGCCCUGCGCAUGGUGAUGAUGGCAGGAGCCAAGCCAGGCAUGCUGCUGCUGUGUUUCAUGUGCUGUACCACCCUUCUGUCCAUGUGGCUCUCCAACACCUCCACCACCGCCAUGGUGAUGCCUAUCGUGGAGGCCGUGCUACAGGAAUUGGUCAGUGCUGAAGAAGAGCAGGUCAUGGCGGCCCCUGACAACUCCACCAGUGAAGAAACUCAGCCAAUCAGUCUUGGUGAAAAAAAUGGACCCCCAUCUCUGGAGCUCAUUUUUGUCAAUGAAGACUCAUCUCCCCCAGAUUUCCCUUCUCUGAUGCAGGGCAAGAAUCUGAAUGGAGUACACAUGAUCACCAACCCCAUCAAAUCUGUGAAACCUCAGAGCAAGAGACAGCAUGAGCCUCAGGAACAGCUAUUAGUCCUGCCCCCUGACCCUAGGAACCUGAAGUUGAACAGCAAGUACAGAUCCCAACAUGAUCAGAUGGUCUGCAAGUGCCUCUCCCUGAGCAUAUCGUAUGCUGCCACCAUUGGAGGCCUGACCACCAUCAUUGGCACGUCCACCAGCCUCAUCUUCCUAGAGCACUUCAACAACCAGUACCCAAGUGCCGAGGUGGUGAACUUUGGGACCUGGUUUCUUUUUAGCUUUCCUAUCUCACUCAUCAUGCUGGUGGUGAGCUGGUUUUGGAUGCACUGGCUGUUCUUAGGUUGCAACUUUAAAGAGACCUGCUCCCUAAGUAAAAAGAAGAAGACCAAAAGAGAAGAACUAUCAGAAAGGAGAAUUCAAGAAGAAUAUGAAAAACUGGGAGAAAUUAGCUACCCUGAGAUGGUGACAGGAUUCUUCUUCAUCCUGAUGACCCUGCUCUGGUUUACCCGGGAGCCUGGUUUUGUCCCUGGCUGGGAUUCAUUCUUUGAAAAGAAAGGCUACCGUACAGAUGCCACUGUCUCUGUCUUCCUUGGCUUCCUCCUCUUCCUAAUCCCAGCUAAGAGACCUUGCUUUGGAAAAAAGGAUAAAGAGGCAGGAGAAAAAAGAGAAAACACAAUGGAAAUGGAACCCAUCAUUACAUGGAAGGACUUCCAGAAGACCAUGCCCUGGGAAAUUGUCAUUCUGGUGGGUGGAGGUUAUGCUUUAGCAUCUGGAAGCAAGUCCUCCGGUCUCUCCACAUGGAUUGGGCAGCAGAUGUUAUCCUUGAGCAGCCUCCCACCAUGGGCAGUCACCCUACUGGCAUGUAUCUUGGUGUCCGUGGUCACCGAAUUUGUUAGCAACCCUGCCACCAUCACCAUCUUCCUGCCAAUCCUCUGCAGUUUGUCUGAAACCCUACAUAUUAACCCACUCUACACUCUGAUUCCUGUGACCAUGUGCAUCUCCUUUGCUGUUAUGCUGCCAGUGGGAAAUCCCCCAAAUGCAAUUGUCUUCAGCUAUGGCCACUGCCAGAUUAAAGAUAUGGUAAAAGCCGGCUUGGGGGUCAAUGUAAUUGGACUGGUGGUGGUGACAGUGGCUAUCAAUACUUGGGGAAUUAACCUCUUCCAUUUGGAUACCUUUCCAGUCUGGGCUAAGGUCAGUAACAUCACUCAACAGGCCUAGCACCUGUGGACAGACACAUCAAACCAAGGCAAAGGUGCAAACUGCAAUGCUAAGGACAUUAACAUGGACACAACCCUACAUCCAAGCAAUCUGAAGAAUUCUUCUCUUCAAAGCUGGUCAUAGGAGAUGGAAGAAAAAUGCACCAACUGGAAGGACAUUCUGAUUUUCUGUUGCCUUCUUUCCUACCCCUUUAAAGUGGCACUAAGAAAGCAGUUGUGAACUUUUUCCAUUCCUCUUUAGAGAGUCUUCUUAAAACAGAGAUGUGAUUUUAUGUAGGGCCUUUCUAAAACAAAGGAAUUUCUCACUUUUCAAAGCCAAGAAAAUCUGAAGAAGGCUACAUACAUUCUAGCUUGUGUAAACUCUGCCCUGUUUUUUUUUUUUUAAAGCAACACCUUAUUGCAGCCCAGGAGCUGAGUUCUUGAUCUACAAGGACUGAUUGGAUCUACCAUGUUGCAUGUUACAGCAUUAAUGUCACCUUGGGAUUGAGGGAUGGGAGAUGGAUGUCAAACUGUCAUGUAGAUAAGCCCAGAAGGCAAAACAAUGCCAAUUGGAAUCAUAAAUGGUAUUUGUCACUAUUCCAGGUGCCUCUUCCAGAUCCUGAAAGACAACUUUAGUUUCUUUCUUCUAAAUGUUUAAUUGUCCUAACUCCUGCCAAGGAGAACUAGUACAACUUCUUCUUCACCAGGAUUCCCUUAUUAUUCUUAGCAUCUCUUUCUGGAGGAGUAGCCCAAAAAGAAGAAUUGCUUCUCUUUUCAGAUAGGCCCAUACAGUUUUCUAUUUCAGCAUGAAAGGAUGUGCUCAGAAUUUAUAAGAUUUAGAGAUAGGAGGAACCUUAGAAGUCUAGUCAGCUCUCUCAUUUUACAGAUGAGGAAACUGGAAAUUAAGGUCCAUCAAAGUAGAUUCUCCUAAGGUCACACAAACUAAAGUGACAGAAUUGGAAUCUGAGACAAGGUCCUCCAAUUCCAAACCAAGCAUAUCUACACCUAGCAGUAAGAGAAGGGAAAAAGACUAAAGGGCAAAGAGACUGGCACCCCUUUCUUGUUUGGUUGCCCCUAGCUUCCUAUUAUAAAUACCAUCUCAGUGGUAAAGGAGAAAAAAAAUUUUUUCAUGACUAUUUUUAUCAGAGAACGAAAAACUAUAUAUAAGCCAUUAAGCUGCUACAUUCAUUAUUUCACUUUAUUUAAUCCCACAUAGAGAUAGAAGAGAAUAUAGGAAACUGAAAAAACUGAAGCUUUCAUCAUUUCCAAAAACCUUUAGUGGUAGCUAACACUAGGAGGAUGCUAGAAAGAACAGACUGAUGGUGAAUCCUUGUCAUCCUUCAUAGACCAGAAAACUCUGUAGGGCACAAAUGACCUAUCUUCUUUUUAUUUCUAGUGCUUAGCACUUUACCAAUAAGUUAAGAGCAUGGUAACUCUGUGCCCAGUAAGCAUCCAAUAAAUUUUUGUAGCUAAUGAAUAUUCCAAAAAGAAAACCAUUUCAGAAUGUUUUUCAACUCAAUGAGAACUAGUCUACUUGUUCCAUGCUAGGUGUUCUACAUGACUAAAUGAAUGCUCAUUAUUCCAGUAGCUUAACAGUAUUGCAUAUUUCUAAUCACUAAGUCAAUUAUUUGCUAAAUAUCUUAAAGUCCCUUGUAGUCAAAUGUACUUAUUUUAAUUGGUUUUAAAUUUCCAGUUAUUAGCAUAUGAACUCCUACAUAAAUAAAACCAAUUAUUUAGCUUC